AUGUAUCGGAAGUUGUCUAAGUUAGAACACUCGGAAAUAAAACAACUUCUUACAGAAGCUAACAUAGAUGUUGCAAAGCAUUACGCAACAAACAAAAAAGCACUCGCUGACUUCAUUAAAGACUAUAAUGGUGCAAUAAGUUAUGAUAGAAUUCAUGAGUUCAUAAAGCCGCAACGCGGCGAGGACGAAGUCCAUGCAAUAGCAUUUCCUUUAAAUGACGUUGCUAUUGACUUAUAUCAUAGACGUUCAGUACCUCAUGAAGUAAGAAGAGAAAUGUUUGACAUAACAAAUGCAAACGUUGGUCAUACUCGUAAAGCUCUUUCGCAUGAUGUUCGUCAAGAGAUGUUUGACAUAACAAAUGCAAACGUUGGUCAUACUCGUAAAGCUCUUUCGCAUGAUGUUCGUCAAGAGAUGUUUGACAUAACAAAUGCAAACGUUGGUGAAACACGAAAGAGAGACGACACACUGAAACAACAGAGAAGAGAGAUGUUUAAGAGCGCUAUAGAACAAGUUCGCAAAGCUAACGAUGUCAUUCGUUCCAUUGACGACAAACCAAAAGAAGGUGAGAGAUGGUUAAAGAAAGAUGAAGAGAAUAGGAAGAGAAAUGUGAAGUCAGGCAAUAGACUCAUUGACUUUAACAUCGAAGCUUUAGAUGAACCAAACAGAGACUACUUACACAAACAUUUCGGUAAGGUUUUCAUGAGACUCUUAGAGAAGAUUAAAAUAAACUCCCAACAGAGAUGGAUGGUAUGUUAUAAACUUGGUGGAAAGUAUGAAUGUUCUACGUUAAACCUCAAUAAUAUUGGAACACUACUACAUCAGCUCUUGAAGGAGAACUUUAUAUCAGAGAUAGAAGCAAAUGCUGCAGGUAUUGUUGAAAUGCACUAUGACUUCUUCUUGACAAACAUAAAGAAUCUUACUGAAAUAAAGAUGUAUGAUUUAACAGAAUAUGAAGGCUUAACGAUGUCAGAUGUAAAGAAAGGCAAACCAAAAAAGAGACCAUAUAGAGAUGAAAGCACACUGACAAAUGACCAGAAAGCCAUUUUGGAAGCUCUUAAGCAAACAGGAAACCCAGCACUUAUAGAAAGCUUUUGGAAAGAUAAUGGUGA